AUGGGUAAACAACGUUGGACACCUACAUCUAUACAAUUGCAAAUUCUGGAAUUUAUAUAUGAUCAAGGGGAUACAACUCCGAGGAAAUCCCGAAUCACGGAGAUAAUAUCUGAAUUAUCGUUGUAUGGUUCAACUUCUGAAGUGCAAAUCUAUAAUUGGUUUAGGAAUAAACAUGCUCGUUUAAAAAGAUCUACAAAAUUACAAGCAUCAAAAGAGGAUAAAAAGUUUAUAGUGUCUACAUCUUCAACUCGACUAAGCCAAACUAGGCAUUAUUUUAAGUCUACAGGUUCCAUUGAUGAGUGUAUGUCUGAAUUAUCACAUACAUUUGUUGAUGAAAGUUUUCAUGUAAAUAUGGAAUCUGAAAUUGAAUCUGACGAUGAUGUGCAAUCAGUAUCAGAAACAAUUGAUGGAAGAGGCAUACAAAGGGCCGGAACAUGUUUGAGCAUCGGGUCGGAAGGGCUAGUCCAUCGGUCACCUCUUGGAUCUCGAGGUCUAUCUAGGGCGAAAGGAACUCAAUCAGCGGCUGCUGGAUGUAGAUUCUCAGGCCAUACGUGA